AUGUUGUCCAAGAAGGGCAUGUAUGGAAAUGGGAAGUUGGUUCAGAAGGAAGGAUGUGUUAAGAGGAUAGUUCCACUCUUCAUUCUCAAAGAGGUAGUGGAUGAUUCAAGACAUGAAUCUGAAGAACAUUUGUUCUGCAUCUACUGCAGCUACUCAAGAUGCAACAACAAUCUCGUCUCGAAGUGCAAGUAUCAUUUUGUAAUUCCAGCCGAUUACGAGUUCGAGGUGCAAUUGGACGAUUCUUUUGACAAGGAUGAUUAUUUUUUCAAAUAUUGGACACACCUCUUACAUGGGUUGCUCCACAACAACGGGAUCGGCCACCUCAUAUGUAUCAAUGAGAUUAAUAGGGGUUCUGCUUUCAUCACUGGUCGAGACAUCAUGCAUCUAUGA